AUGCAGCGCGCGUCCCCGCCCCUGCCGGGCGCUGACGUCACCGAGGCGCUGGAGCAGGCAGCGUUGCUGGAUCAAUGUGCCACUUCCGGGAGCCGUGAGUCAGGGGCUGCUGUACAAAAGCACUCGGCAGCCACAGAUGAGGCAGAGAGGCAUCCGCGAGAGCCCGGAGUCCCCUCACGCCGCAAAGCCCCCGCUCUGCAAACCAGCUCGGAUGUGCAACAUCUGAGCCAGCAGGUCGCUUCCGCAAUGAACGAGAAUAUCUCCAGGAACUCGGCGGAUGGUCUGCCCGGCUGGUUCGCUGCCGGUGAGCAGCGGGCGACGUUAGACCUGGCGGCCCAGGAGCCCUCUCUCAAUCCCUGGGAUAUUGUGCUGUGCGUCUCCGGGACGGUCAUCUCCUGUGAAAACGCCGUGGUGGUGGCGAUCAUCUUCUACACGCCGGCCCUGCGGACCCCCAUGUUCUUGCUGGUCGGCAGCCUGGCCACGGCGGAUCUGCUCGCCGGCCUGGGACUCAUCGUUCACUUUGUAUUCCUGUACUGCCUUCAGUCGGAGCUCGUCAGCCUGGUCACGGUGGGCCUGCUGGUCAGCUCCUUCACCGCCUCCGUCUGCAGCCUGCUCGCUAUCACCGUGGACCGCUACCUGUCCUUGUACAACGCACUCACCUAUUACUCGGAGAGGACGGUCACCAGGACUUACCUCAUGCUGCUGCUCACCUGGGGGGUGUCGGUGAGCCUGGGCUUGUUGCCCAUCAUGGGCUGGAACUGUGUCAGGGACGCCACGCUGUGCGGCAUCGUCCGCCCGCUGACCAAGAACAACUUAAUCAUCCUCUCCGUCUCCUUCUUCAUGGUGUUCGGCAUGAUGCUCCAGCUCUACAUGCAGAUCUGCAAGAUCGUGUGCCGGCACGCCCAUCAGAUCGCGCUGCAGAGGCACUUCCUCGCCACCUCGCACUACGUGACCACCAGGAAGGGCAUCUCCACCUUGGCCGUCAUCCUGGGCACCUUCGCCGUCUGCUGGCUCCCUUUUGCCAUCUACUGCCUGAUGGGGGACUACAGUUCCCCGAGGCUGUACACGUACCUCACCUUCCUGCCGGCCAUUUACAACUCCAUGAUCAACCCGGUUAUUUAUGCCUACCGUAACCAGGACAUCCAGAAGGUCCUGUGGACCGUUUGCUGCGGGUGUUUCUCGUCCAAGCUCUCCUUUCGCUCCAGGUCGCCCAGUGACGUCUAGCCGCUCGGGGGGGUAGGAGGGAGAGUGUCCCCGCCGCGUUGUUGAGCCAAGGUCCGGUCCCCGGGAGCUGAUCCAGUGUAAACAAAACAAUUGCACUACAAACCAAAACCGACAUUGGGAAGCGAACGAGGGGUCUUAACACUGCCUUAGUGUUUGCACAGCGGACAGUACAGAACCACCAGACGAAUGCAAUGAAGAGACUUUGUGUACUGUAUCAGAAUUUGCACAUUAGUUUAAAAAAAAACAAACUGUACGAUAUGCACUUUCAAUUCAGUCCUUAUCUGCACAACAGAGUUUAUUAAAGAUAGUCGUUCGUGAUUUUUUUUUGGAGAUUUCAGAUUUAGUCUUGUUUAUAAUCAUCAAUAAAAAAAGUCAUUACUUUGUGAUAGAAACGCGAUGCUUUUCUCUGUAAUUCCACUGUACUCCAAUGAUUCCUUGUACAGGCCAUAAGGCAUCGGAUAGGCCAUUCAGCCCAUCGAGUGUGUUCCGUUAUCUCUCUCAACCCCAUUCCCCACCUUCUUCCCCAUGAGCUUUGAUCAGAAUCGGGUUUAAUAUCGCCGGCAUAUGUCAUGAAAUGUGUUGAUUUUGCGGCAGCGCUGCAAGGUAAUACAGAGUAAUACAAACCGAAUUACGGUAAGUGUAUGUGCGUGUGGGCGCCCGCGUGUGUCUGUGUGUAAAACAGCCAACUUAAAUAAAUAGUGCAAAAAUAGAAAUAACAAAGUAGUGAGGUAGUGUUCACGACUUCAAAGUCCAUUCAGAAAUCGGAUGGCAGAGGGGGAGAAGAUGUUCCUGAAUCAUUGAGUGUGUGCCUUCAGGCUCCUGUACCCCCUCCCUGAUGGUAGUAAUGAGAAGAGGGGUCUUCAGGCUCCUGUCCCUCCUCCCUGAUGGUAGCAAUGAGAAGAGGGGAUGUCCUGGGUGAUGGGGGUCCUUAAUGAUGAAUACCAUCUUUUUGAGGCAUCGCUCCUUGAAGAUGCCCUUACUAAUUAAGAAAAUAUUACAUGAGCAGUAUAUUACUUGUCUGCUCAUAUCCAUUCCCCCUACUGGCCGCCGACAGCAUCUCGCCAGAAUCCUCUGCCCGAGCUCCCGAGGUGAGGUCUUUGGAGCUUCUGUUGGCGUGUCGGUAGCUCUGGGUUUAUUUUUUAAACGGAGUGGAAAUGCUGGCACCUUGCCCAAGCCUCCUCCCUUUCUAGCCACGCUGGGGACCGACCCUGGCAGUGAUGGCCACGUACCGUGGGGCAGCGGGGUGCCAUAGUGGUUCGCACAGCGCUUGAGACCUAUUCCCGCCGCUGCCCGUGAGGAGUUUGUGUUCUCCCCGUGACUGUGUCGGUCUCCUCCCACAGUCCAAGGCAGUGUCGGUUGGUAGGUGAAUUGGUUACUGUAAAUUGU